AUGCGAGACCAAGGCUGUCAGCGGUCAAGAACGCGCGUCUCAAGGGUCCAGAUUCGUGCUGGCGGGGACUUUGACAGGGUUGUGUACGGCGUGUGGGUGGGGCGGAAGAACCCCUCCAGCCGGGCGUGGAAGCUGGAGAAGAACGUGCACAGAUCGGACGUCCGGCCGGAGUGCGACAAGUGCGACAGCAUGGGCGUGCGAGUCAUCCUAACGAGCGGCUCCAAGACCUGCGCCGUCGACGUCUCGUGUCUGAAGAAGGGUUCCUCCAGGAUGGUCCAACUCGAGCCUUCCACGCUCCUCAAGGCCUACGGGAAGGCGGGGGGCGCUGCAGGGGGCGGCGAAGGGGCAGGGGAAACGACCGAGGAUGAGGAUGCCGUGUCCAACACCGCCAAGACCACGAUGAAACAUCAUGCCAUGGUGAGAUUUUCUCUCGUCUUCGUCGCUGAGUAG